GAAUUUCCAUAUCACACAGCCAUCUACAUUAGCUUCCUCCUCACAGAAACCAGAUCAAGACACCAAACUGACACGCAACUGUACAACUCAACCCGCCCGUAUGCAGCCUCGUGUUGUAGUACCUGGAAUCAUGGUUUCUGGUCCUGAAACCAAACCUGCAAAGAUGCAAUCUUCUCUUGGGAAUGAAGUUCGGCCACACAGCCGAAAUUCCGCUUCCAAUGCUAUAUUUUUUACAACACCACGGCGUGGUGUUCUUUCUCCCCGCCGAAGUUAUUGCCUACCUCCAUCAUACAUUCCACAACCAGACCCCACAAGUGCAAAAUUCUCGUUUGAAGCUUUGGAAAUCAAAAAAUCUUCACCCACCGAUAAACAUGCAUCCACAAAGACUACAUCUCCUCAUCUUUUCCCUCCAACUCCGCCGCGUCCCCAAGAUAACAAACUUCCAUCCCUCAUCCGCCGCAUCUUCGAAGUAAACAACCGCGAUACCAAGUUCUUGGCUCUCUGGACACCGCAUCUCACAGAUCUGACUUCGACUACCUGUGUGAGAAACAAGGUUGCGUUGGAAAUGGUCGCAGGGUUGCAAAAUUUGCGGAACCGAGAGAUCAAGUUGGGUGAUUAUAGAUUUCUCUUGGGCAUGUUCUGGGGGUACCUUUCCUCUUAUGUGUUAAGAGUCGACUCUGUGAUAGGCUUGGCGGUCCUUCUAGUGUAUGCAUUGGUUUCUUGGAAAGCUUGGAAAGAGAUUUGGGACGAGGAAAGUGAUUUCAAUACGUGGGUCUAGUAAUGUGGUUGAGUAUGGGUAAUCAAAUAGCAUUUUUGUCUGGCGGUUUGGGUUGGGUCUUGCAAAAAUACGUACGAAAGUCAAGCGUUGUUAUUUUUGGAUGAGGAUCAAUAUGAGCCUUGAUAUGAAUUUGAAUGGAAGGGUUAUUUCUGGGUCA